AUGGCCAAUUUAAAAAAUGAAGUUCAAAUGUCAAAAGAGGAAAAAGAAGAAUCCAAGAUUCAUUUAGAUUUUAUUGAAAAAGUGAGAGAAUUGGGCAAAGAAAGAUUAGAUACAAGAACCAAUAAUAAACAACUAAACGAUGAAAGGAUCAAGAGAAGACAGCAAAAAAAUUUACAAUCAAGUAUAAAUCAGGAAAUUCCUGAAAAAAGUAAAGCUGAACUAUAUGUUGAUGUUAAAAGACAAGUUGCAAUUAAAUUAUAUGAAAAAUUUGGUUUCAAAAUUAAAGAAUUGGUUAAAGAUUAUUAUCAGCCUGAGAGAGAUGCUUAUUUGAUGGUAUUAGAAUAA